AAUGAGGGAGCCGCCUCCACACAAGCUCCUGCUCACACUGUCACUGCCUCGUUGCCUCGUCACGAUCUAUCACGGUGUCGUCAUUCCUGCUUUCUAUUUGCCUUGACUCUUUAAAAACACUUGCCUGCCCUUUGCUACCUUCAAACUUCAACACAACAAGCUUGAUACCCCUCAUUAACCACACCAAACCACAAACACAACCACACAUUCAUCAUGUCUGCCAACUCUACUAUCAACGUCAAGAACAUCGCUUCGUCCACUAGUGACAGCGAGAUCAAGGACUUCUUCAGCUUCUGUGGUAAGAUCGCUGAUCUCAAGGUCACCCAAGAGGGCGAGACCAAGUCCGCUGAGGUUAUCUUCGAGAAGGAGACUGCCAAGAAGACUGCUCUUCUCCUCAACAACACCCAACUCGGUCCCAACCAUCUUGAGGUCACCAGCGCUGGUGCUGACGGCGAAGACGAUGUCCACCAAGCCACCAAGAACGCUGACCGCGACUCCGAUGAGAUCACCCAAGAGGAGAAGCCCCGCGCCCGCAUCCUGGCCGAGUACCUUGCCCACGGUUAUGUCGUAGGCGACGCCGCCAUCCAGCGUGCCCUCGACCUCGAUGCCGCUCACAACGUCUCCAACCGCUUCUUCUCUACCCUCCAGGGUCUCGACCAGAAGUACCACGCUACCGACCGAGCCAAGGCCACCGAUGAGAGCUAUGGUAUCACCCAACGCGCCAACAGCCUCUGGCUCGGCCUCAGCUCUUACUUUGAGAAGGCCUCCAACACACCCACCGGCAAGAAGAUUGCUGAGUUCUACACUGAGGGCAGCCGACAAGUCCAGGAGGUGCACGCUGAGGCUCGUCGCCUUGCUGACCUCAAGAAGGAGGAGCACGGUGGAAGCGCCUACAAGGCUGCUGGUCUCGAGAAGGUCUUCGGCAAGGAGAAGACUUCCGGUACCGCCGCUCCCGAGGCUGGUCAGGGCAGUCUUGGAACAUCAGUUCCUGCCGCCUCUGCCGACAACGUUCCCAAUGUGAGCGCUCCUGAGGGUGGUGAGAAGCACUAAGCUAUCAAAAUUGGGGAGAUGUGAAGUAAUGAGGAAGCAAUGGGGUAUUUCUUGAGCUCUGAUGAGACAUUCAUAUGACGGCUUGUUACAGCCUGUUGGUUAACGAAUUGUUACGACUUUUACGCAUGUCACAAUCAAUAAAUUCGAGAUGAAUUCUACCGUUUACUUUUGAUCGUGAGUAGUAAUCUCGCAAGUAGGAUGAAAGGCUACAGCUUGAGAACGAUGACAUGUGAAAGUGGCAAUUUUAUGAUUCAUAAAACGCCUAACGAUGUCUCUACUUCAUUCACAAGUAACUUAUAGGCAUUAUGCAUUCACAGCCAUGUUCAAUGGAGAUGAGGACAGUAAUUUAAAUGAAG